GCGGUAUUCACACCGGCGUCGACCCGAGCAGGAGCCAGACUGACGCCCCGACCUGCUGGCGCCUGCCCUCUGCUCCUCCCGUCUGUGAGAUUGAUCUGCCAUGAGGCCAGGCGAGCGCCUUCCUCCUUGCCAGCUCGACAAAUCCGUGCCUUCCCGCCUGCAGCCGCUCCACCAGGAGACCCAGACACUCGACGUGGGCGGCCGUUGUGCUCUGAACCACCAUCCUCCCGGACCACGGCGCAUCCAUUCCGUCUCGCUCGCUGCACAGAGCGAGCGCCGUGUCCAGGAGCAUGCCGUGCCCUUGACCGUUUCUCCCGAGGACGAUGCCCCCACCUGGACCCUUUCCCUCCACCAUCUCCUACAAGCAUCAAUAUUCAUCCUGGUCAGCCCACUGCCUUCAUCACACCCACUUGUCCUGGCUGUCCACCCUGCCUUCACCGUCGUUGUCUACGUUCCUGCCUCUAGCCAGCGAGAAACACACACACACACACCCCUCCUCACGAUCCCAAUACAGCCGCCAACUCGGUUCUCCCUGAACACUGCUCCUCGUCGGCGCCAACCAUCAUCUUGAUCCUCUGUCUCUCAGUCAGUUGCCAAAGACCCCUCCUAGACCCGGUCGUCAGGACGCCACUGGCAGUCUACAACGACGCCCCUGACAAUACUCUCAUGCCUACUGACCUUGACUGUUUGUGGCUUCCAGUUACUCUUGACGAGGCUGUCGGUCUGCAGGACCCAACGCGUUUUCAGACCGGCGCACCAACCUAAGCCAUCAUGGCUCCGUCCGAAGAGGUCAGCAGGUUCUCCCGCCGUCGUUGAAAGAGGACAACAAAUGUGUUGGCAGCCCUUACUGAGUCGUUGUUCGCCAAUGUAGAACCACGAUAGUCAUGACUCGAGCAGUCUAGCCGACCUCGGUGAUGCCAUCGAUAUGCACACAUUCAGCCAGAUCCUUGAAAUGGAUGACAGCGAGGAUGACCGGGACUUCAGCCACCAAAUUGUCUUCGAGUUCUUCGAGCAGGCCGAAGAGACGUUUGACAAGAUGGACGCUGCACU